AUGUCCCUCUAUUAACAAGGUGUAAGGCAGUGCUGUAAUUACUUAAGUCACAGAUGCCCUAUCAUGAACCAUGGAGGAGUGGAGAUAACAGGCAGAGAACAGGACGUGAUGUAUGACAGCCCAUAAUUCAUGAAGGAAGAGAAGGGAGAUACAAGAAUACAAGAUGUCAUGCAAGCAGGAGUAAAACACCAGGUUCAUGGUACAGUGUACAGACGACAGUGUAUUACUACUCUCAGAGACCAUAAUGGGAUUUCUUAAGUCAGGUGAUGACUGGAGAGCUUUCCUUCCAAGAAGCUCAUCUACCAAGAAUCACAGAAACAGAAAGGAAGAAGGAGGAAGACGUGUGGCGAGACAUGUUAAAAGAAAAUUCUCAUAACAUAUGAAAGAAAACAGCUGAAAAUAGAAUGGAAAGAGACAGGUGAGAUAUAUUGGACAAAGAAAGAGAGAGCGAGAGACAGACAGAAUAAGGUUAUAGUGGUGCACAAACUCUGGAAAACUGGAAUCUCAGAACAAGAAACUUAAAACUGAUAUUCCCCUCAAAAGAACAAACCUCAAUAUCUGCAAAGACAAUAGGGGACACAAGGCCAUCAAACACAGUCGAAGGUUGCAGGACAACGUGGAGGGCAAGCAGGAACAAGAGGGAAACUUGCUGAUAUCCAUAUCACAGGCACUGGAGGAUAACGGGACAGAGAGUGAAGAUACAGAAAUGGGAAGUGGAGCUAGUGCAGAAGACAAGGAGCUGGCAAAGAGAUCUAAGGAGCUAGAAAAAAAACUACAAGAGGAUGCGGCAAAAGAUGCCAAGACAGUAAAACUACUACUGCUCGGUGCCGGAGAGUCUGGAAAGAGCACUAUAGUGAAGCAAAUGAAGAUUAUACACCAGGAUGGAUACUCAGAGGAGGAAUGCAUGGAGUUCAAGUCUAUUAUCUAUGGCAAUGUGCUACAGUCAAUCCUUGCUAUAGUCCGCGCUAUGUCCACCCUUGGUAUUGAUUAUAAAGACCCAAGCAGAGCGGAUGAUGGUCGGCUCCUUUUCCACCUUGCAGACUCCAUUGAGGAGGGUACAAUGCCUCCAGAGCUUGUGGAGGUGAUCCAGAAGCUUUGGAAAGAUGAUGGGGUGCAAGCUUCUUUUGAAAGGGCAGCAGAAUACCAACUGAAUGACUCUGCACCAUAUUACCUUAACGAACUGGACAGGAUCACAGCACCUGAUUACCUCCCAAAUGAGCAAGAUGUUCUCCGAUCUCGUGUGAAGACAACAGGAAUCAUAGAGUCGCAGUUCUCAUUUAAAGAUCUCCACUUCAGAAUGUUUGACGUGGGAGGACAGAGGUCGGAACGCAAGAAAUGGAUACACUGUUUUGAAGGGGUCACUUGCAUUAUAUUCUGUGGAGCAUUAAGCGCAUACGACAUGGUCCUGGUGGAAGAUGAGGAAGUGAACCGGAUGCAUGAAUCUCUUCAUCUCUUCAACAGCAUUUGUAACCAUAAGUUCUUUGCCGCCACGUCCAUAGUGCUUUUCCUAAACAAGAAGGAUCUUUUUGAACAGAAAAUCAAGAAAGUUCAUCUAAGUAUCUGUUUCCCAGACUAUGAUGGUCCAAACACGUUUGAAGAUGCAGGAAAUUACAUCAAGUUACAGUUUCUUGAUUUAAACAUGAGGAAAGAUACCAAGGAGAUCUACGGCCACAUGACCUGUGCCACAGACACACAAAACGUUAAGUUUGUGUUUGAUGCAGUAACUGAUAUCGUCAUCAAGGAGACGCUGAAGGACUGUGGACUGUUCUGAAAGGCACAUUAGUUAUUGCUUAUUCUUUUUGAACAGGAUUGUAACCAGUAACAAGAGCCCAGAGCUACACUUUGUGUAAGCAUUGACAACCCUUCCAUACUUAUAUAAUAUACGUAGCACAAGAAACAAGUAUGUAGGUGGCGUAACGUCUACAGCUCUACAAA